UUUACUUUCACAAAUAUAUUUGCUUGUGGAAGAAAUAAUUCGUUUCCCAAUUAUCAGGUAUCAAUUAUUGUUUUCCGAAACUUUUUUCUAGGAAUCAUUGCCGUAAAAAUGUUAUGGUGAUGUUAUAAACAAAUGUCAGCACUAUGUAAAAAAUGCCAAUUUUCGACUGAAGAAUAUUUAUAGGUCGCAAUAAAAAAUAGUCUGCCAAGAACUAUAUUUAGUCGCGAAAUACACAGCAGUUGUAAUUUUGGAGAAAUUUAUUUUUAAAUUGAACUCGGUAGCGGCUAGUGCGUGUACAGAAUUCUUAUAAUUUCGACUAUCAACACCAGUGCUAAAACUGGUCUUUCGUGUAAAAUCAUUUUAAAUGUCUUCUGAUCAAAAUCAUGCCCAAGAAAUUCUCCAAGGUAACGUCGCCUUCACCAACAAAAUUUACCAAAUCCUUUCCCGGAAACCCGGAAAUGUUUUCUUUUCGCCGUUCAGUCUCCACGUUAUUCUCGCCAUGGCCUAUCAAGCAACAGGAACCGAGACACUAGAAAGUAUCCAAAAAGUGCUCGAAAUUCCUGACCCUUUAAAUACGGCCAUUGGUUACAAACAAAUAAUCCGCAACCUGACAUCGUUAAAAAAUGGGUUCUUACAUACAGCAUUCAAGAUCUACCUCGACAAAGAAAAACAACUCUUGCCGUCAUUUGCAAGUACCGUUAAAGAGUACUUUGACUCAGAAGUCGAACUCGCCGAUUUUAAAAAACCAACGGAAACCGCAAAAACGGUAAACGAAUGGGUAGCCGAAAAAACACACGGAAAAAUCAGACAGAUCGUCACCGAAAGAUCCGUUGAGUCUUCUUGUCUGUUUCUUCUUAACGCGCUCUAUUUUAAAGGCGACUGGGAUUCACCCUUUUCUGAAAAUAAAACUCGAGAGAUGCCUUUUUAUUUGAAUGACGAGAGCGUGGCGCAGGUGCAGAUGAUGACGGGUAUAAAAAACGCUUCCUACAAGUUCGACGAACAACUGAAUUGUCAAAUUUUGGUUUUGCCUUACUGUGAUAACGGGAUCAAGAUGACUAUCAUACUACCAGAGGAGAAAAAUGGGAUUGGAAACCUGGAAGCUGCGUUGAGUCAGAUGAAUCUUAGCGAAAUCUUCACUAACUUGCGUCGAAGAAAAGUGGACGUGUCUUUACCGAAGUUUAAAUUCGAGACGUCCAUCGAGUUGAACGAUGUUGUAAAAGAGAUGGGGCUUGCCGUGAUGUACGACGAAGUGAACGCCGAUUUUAAGAAGAUGAUAAGAUUAGGCGCCGGGCAAAAUUUAUUCGUUAGUAAAAUACUGCAAAAGGCUUGUAUUGAGGUUAACGAAAAGGGGGCAGAAGCGGCCGCGGUUACAGUUAUAGAAAUGCAAGUCGAAGUAUGCUGUACGGACGUGGUAAAGUCAAAUUAUAAGUUCGUUGUGGAUCAUCCUGCGAUUUUCAUGAUUGUUGCCGGAAAGCCUAAAAACACAAACAUUUUGUUUUAUGGAAGGUUGUACCACCCAAAGAUGGCUUCCAGUCAAGAUUUUACCAACGAAAUUCUCCAAGGAAAUGCCGCCUUCACCAACAAGAUUUACAAAAUCCUUUCCCGGACACCCGGAAAUGUGUUCUUUUCUCCGUUCAGUCUUCACAUUGUCAUCGCCAUGGCGUACCAAGGAGCCAGAAACGAGACACUAAAAACCAUCCAAAAAGUACUUCAAAUUCCUGACCCCUUAAACACAGCAAUUGGUUACCAAGAAAUAACGCGCAACUUGACGUCAUUAAAAAACGCACUUUUACACACUGCUUUCAAAAUUUACAUUCGAAAAGAAUUUCGACUUUUAUCCUCAUUCGAAAACACGGUCAAAAAGUAUUUUGACUCUGAAGUGAAAUCCCUAGAUUUUGAUCAAACGAGCGCUGCGGUCAAAGAGAUAAACGAAUGGGUCUCUGAAAAAACACACGGAAAAAUCGAGGAUAUCGUGGAUGACGAUUUGAUAGCUUCUACUUCUUUGCUUCUUCUUAACGCGAUAUAUUUUAAGGGCAAAUGGGCUGUACCAUUUUGUGAAAAUAAGACUAAAAUCAAGUGUUUUUAUUUGAACGAUCAUGAUGUGGUGAAAGUGCAAAUGAUGGAAGGUCGAAAAGAUGGUUUUUACAAGUACAAUAAACGUUUAAAGUCUCAAAUUCUUGCUUUGCCGUAUGAGGGUGAACAGAUCUACAUGAUGAUCUUCUUACCAGAAGAUAAAAAUGGAAUUGGAGAACUGGAAGCUCUACUAUCUGAAACGAAUGAUAUUCAAACUUUUAAUGAAUUGAAUUUUUUAGUAGUAGAUGUGUCUUUACCAAAAUUUAAAUUCGAGACGACCAUGGAAAUGGAUGACUUGAUAAAAGAGAUUGGACUUGAAGUGAUUUAUGAUCCAGUCAAAGCCGAUUUAAAGGGGAUGAUCGAACUCGAAGAGGGAGAGAAUUUGUGCGUAACUAAAAUACUUCAAAAGGCUUAUAUUGAUGUUAACGAACAAGGAUCAGAAGCGGCUGCUGCUACAGUUCUAGGAACGAUUGUUCAGGUAUCUAGCAAAGGAAGAACAAUAAAACCUUUGAAGUUUGUUGUGGACCAUCCUGCCGUUUUUAUGAUUGUUGCCGGAUUAUUUGAAAAACCAAACGUUUUAUUUUAUGGAAGACUGUCCCACCCUGAAGAAGUAACAAAUAGUGGUAUCUUGAGUGAUUUCGCAAAUUUCAUGAGAAACCCCUUAAUAACUAUAAAGCGAAUUUUCUAAAUGUGCUAAACAUCCACUCGCUGGCUGUGCAUUCUUACAAAACUUUUUUUACAUGAAAAACUAUAAUUGUAGAAAUGAAAAUUAAAAUAAAAAAGUGAUCAGAG